AUGGGGAAGCGUUCCGGGUCUGGCGCCUUCGGCGCCUGCCCCACCCUUGGGCUUGGGCUCCUCGUCGCCCGCUGCGGUGCGCAGGCCGACCCCAAGACGGUGACGGGCAAGCUGGGCGACGCGGCCGUCAUCGCCAACAACCCGCCCGCCAUGGCGGUGGCGCAGUGGAAGGCGAGCGACGACAAGCCUUUUCACGGAUCCGUCAUCGCCUUUAGCAGUCCCGAUGGCACCGGCGUCUUCCAGGUGAACUUCAGGAACCUGCCCACUGACACGGGUGGCGAAUACGAGUACCACAUCCACGACCAGCCGGUGCCUUCGGAUGGCAACUGCAACGGCACGCUCACCCACCUUGACCCUUACGAGCGCGGACAGGAGAUCCCUUGCGACAAAGACAAGCCCGGGACGUGUCAGGUCGGCGACCUGUCCGGGAAGCAUGGUAAAGCCGCGGCGCCCGACUUUGAGUUCAAGAGGUAUCGCGAAUUAUAUGCAUCCUUGGCGCCGGGCAUCGGCGCCUUCUUUGGCAAUCGGAGCGUCGUGAUCCACUUUCCCAACUCGACCAGAUUCACGUGCGCCGACUUUACCGAACAGGGCUUCAUCCUCGACGAGAUGGGCAUUGAUGGGCCCAGGUUCGAGAGCUGGGGCCCAGGGAUGUGGGGCAGCUCUGGCCGGCCUGGUUCUAGCUGGGGUGGGCCGCCGGGUGGCUGGCCGGGCGGCGGCAACGGACGAGGUGGUGGUCGCGGAGGUGGUGGUCCCGGGGGUCCUGGGGGUGGCGGUUGGGGUUCGCCAGCAGAAGGCGGCGGAUGGGGAGGUCCGGGGUCCGAGUCGCAACCACCAGGUGGGAGGCCGUGGUAUAGGUCAUUAAGAAUGACAAGAGCGCGGUGGUGA